AUGACUUCUCCAGAACGUGAAGCUCCGAAGAAAAGUACAAAGAGGUCAACAGCGUUCGGUCGCCGUCAGGAAUUACACCUUCGGGUAUUUAUAGGUAGGCCUACACGACUUUUACCUUAUGCCAAAAUACUGCUUGUUACCAUAAGUUUUUUCCUCUGCUGGACCUGCCGGGUAGAUUAUGCUCUGGAAGGUUCUCCAUUUUCACUGAGCAAAUGUGAUUUUAGCCGCUUGUUUCACACUGAGAAGUCAUGGCACACAUAUCGAUUUACUGAGGUUUUUGUUUCUUGUCGGCAGGAUUUGCCCUCUGAUGCAAGAGCAUUUUCUUUGACCUCUUUUGAAGGGUGAAGCUUUUUAUUGCGGCUGAAUAAGGGUCUUCCUUUUCUCCAAAGUGCCGUCUGGAUCUGAACAACUAAGCGAUUUUGAGUCAUACCACGCUGCAUUUUGGCAACCACUUUCUCCUAUUGUUUCCCCCCUUUUUUCCCCGUCCCGGCCAGAGUGCACCCCCACAGCACCAGAGAACUUACCCGUAAGCAUCAGAGAGUUAAACCACAGGUGGCCGAAACUCGGCGUUGCGACUGAAAUGUCCUCCUUCCCCGGUUAAGAACAAAUGGAAUUCUCCAGGGUAAAGUUAUAAGAAUUGAGGAUUUCUUUAGGGGUAGAGUAAAAACAAAAACGAAAACAAAAAAGGAAUUCUUUGGGGGUGAAGCUUUAAUUUUCACGCAAUUCUUCAGGGGUAGACCCAUAUUUUGCAGAGAUAGAUCCACACAGCACCCAUAUUUCUGGGAAGUCUUCAGGGGUGAAUGCAGUAGGCCGUUUCGGGGUUGCCCAAAGCCUCUGUUUUAAAGCGAGGCUACGAAGCAAAUAAUAUGAAAAUGAUUUUUAUUCUCAUGCAAAAAUAACUCAUUUUCACAAGAAAGGUUUGCACUUAGCUUCGUUUGAAAGCGAGAUAUAUAUUUUAAAACUCGGAAAUGGCCUGUUUUGUUUAAUCUCGAUCAGGGGUAAGAAGAAAAGGUGAUUCCUCGACCGGGGGGUAGGGAUGUUAAAUGCAACAGCCCGAUUAUGGGGCGAAGUUUAUUGGCAAGGGUGGGGAAUUUUCGAACUGCAUGAAUUUCUUUUUUCGUAUCAUUUUCUUUAUUUCUUCUCUUACUAGUAAUUUUCCUUUGUGUCAAAAAGUUUUUGUGAUUCCCGAGGUUGUCCACAUACUCGGAUUUUGCUGUCGUCACGCAAUUGGUUGUCGUGUUGCGUGAAGCUCCGCAUCGGCGUUUGGUCCAAUCAGAGCGAGAACUUUCUUGCCUAUAGCCAAUGAUAGAAAAGCUGGAUUUUGGACCAAUCAGGAACAAGAGCGCGAAAUAUGACGAUGACGCAGAACAUUAUUCGGGAAUCUUCAUUCGCCAUUUUGAAUGUGAAGCUUAUGUCUCCUACAUUUUCUUUGGAGUUCAUCCCCUAUCCGGUGUUUUUUAACAAAGAUUUUGAUCCAAGAAGCAGGUAAGCACAGAUAUAUUACUGUAUUCUGUACACAGGGGAAAUUUUCUGCGUAUGGAUGGUAGAAAAGGGCACAUUAAUUAAAAUUCAAUCCGAGCAUCAAGCCAAGAUGCUUGCGAUUGCAUUAGGUAGCUGCUGUGAAGCUCAUCGGAAAUAUACAAGGUUGUAACGCGUAUUCCUUGGUUAGCGUGUUAAAAGGAACGAUAAGCAAGUCAAAUUACAUGUAAGAUGUAGUUCUGUGUCACAUGUUUCCCCUAAUCGCAGAACAUUUGUUUAGUGUACACUAAACUUCAGAGUCAUAUCGGUCUUCGACGGUGGUUGCGCUCCAGUACCUUCCGUUAUAAAUUACGUACUCGCAAAUGCGUUUGCACUCCAAGUAAAGCAGCAGCUCUACUCAGUUUUUAGGAGAAAAACCUCAGUAUAUUAAAAUAUGGAGACGACGAUUUCUAUUAAUAGUAACGUUUUCCCGCCUUUUUAACGAAAUGAACACUUUGCGCCCUUUUCUGAUUAUCUCUAUCCCCAGUUAUAAAAUACCUUAAAUAUACAGUUUUUGUGUUCCAAUUUUUAAUCCAGUUAUUACUCUUGCCCUGUUUAACCUUUAUCAAACUUGCUAAAUCAAUCGAGGCAAUCGAACGAACUCACCGAAAGUUCCAGUUCGAUUUACCGGUGUGUUCGAUUUCCGGAACCAAUCCAAGAAGCAAUCGAACGAUUGAUUUUUAGAUCAAUUACGCCGGGAAGUGAAGUGUUGAGUGUAUUUGGCCCAAAAUUAGUUGAUGAAUGUUGGCAUAAAAAAAUUUUGUUAAACUCAGACACUUUCUUCCAUGAUGCCUCAAGGCCAUUCACAGACCAUCUACAUAAAUUUUCUCUUUAACCAACGUCUGUGUGCAGGCUAUGGUGCUUCUGUUAAAAUUUAUACCGUACUCUUAGAGGGUGUCUACAUAACACCAGGGCGACUUUCGCCCCGGAGCGAGUUCACUCCAGUUCCCUCUCAUGGCUCUAUAUUUGUUUACAUGAUACCACCACAAAAUAUGAUGCUGGCGCAAGUCACCCCAGCGUGAGUUCACCCCGGUUCUUGUACCGGGGCAAGAAUUUCACUCCGGCACGAAAUCUCGCAGCGGUAUCAUGUAAAUGUGAAACGAAGUUUCGGUAUGAAAUCGGUCCGCUGGUAGACUGGAAUGGGUAGUGCAUGCAUAACAUUUGCGAUUUUGAAUCACACGUGUAUUUUAUCAACAUGAAGUGUACCUUCAAAUAACGAGAUAUGAACUGACCCAGUCAUCAUGUCAACGCGAUACGAAAUCAAAAAGUCAUCCCGGUAUGAAACUCGCACCAGUGCGAGUUUUCUCAUGUAAACACCCCCUUAUAGUCGCCUACUAAGCUACAAGUCUGUUAUCUGUGCAUGGUGCCACUGUGUUAAGACUUAUUUUACUUGCGCUAUAGAAACAUACUUGCAUGUAUCCUGUGACUUAAAUGUAUUUACAUGUAUUUUGCUCAAUCCAUAGACCAUGCAGUUCUCUUUUUUUGUCAAGUCCACUGUCUUUCGAGUGAUCUCCUUCAAUGGCUCAGAUAUCUAUACAUACUAAAUAAGUCUCAGUAAAUCUUGUUGAACAAUUUGUUUAGACUAUUAAAUAUUGUAUUUCAAACUGUAUAUUACUACACCAGGGCCCAGUUGUUCGAAAGCCGAUUAGUGCUAACCCAAGGUUAAAUUUUAAUCGUUUUCUUUUUCUUUUGUUCAAAAGCAUUUUCUCAGACAAUUUUCACCAUUCUCUUUAGAGCAUCCUACCAUCCAAUUGUAGACAAAAAAAAUUAGACUGAAUUUACUUUUACAGCAUUCAUUUAUGUGUUUUAAUUUGCCCUAAGCCUGGCUUAUCUUAACCCAGCUUUCAGCAAGUCGGCCCAGGAUCUUAUUUUGUGGAUAUUUUUAUACCUUAGCAUUUUGCAGUUCUCUUAGAUGAGUUUGAUUAUGACAUGAAUUAAUAUGCAGAUUGAGGUUGCAAGCUGUGCUCUAAGGAAAUUGGAGGGAUCCCAGUGCUCUGAACGUGUAAAAAAUAAGCUAGAGUGUGCAUGAAAAAAAAAAACAAAACAAAACAAAACACAAACACACACACACACACAAAAAAAUAAGAUUCUCUACUUGGCCAAGAGCAAAACUUGGGGACCUGACCAGGGGUUACCAUGCACUGCUAUAACACAGCCCUGUAUUGAGGUUUUUUUUUGUUUUGUUUUUGUAAAGGCCUCUAACACCUCCUUGAUUAGCAUAAUUCUUCAUAACCUUGUACUGUUUGAAUACUGAAUUCAAGAAUAAUGUUCUGUUGUUUAUUCAAAAUACAUGUAUUUCCCAGCUGAAAUGGAACUCAAAUCUUGUUCAGUCGAAGCUCCCAUAAACAGAAACCCUCGAGACCAAGGGUACAUGUAUGUGUCCACUUGCGGGAGAUGCCUGCUUACGGGAAGUUGGGAAAAAAAAAAAAAAAAACUGGUGCACUAGAGGGCAUACAAUGUUCCAGAACAUGUAUUUUAGAGCUUUUAAGACCACUUGUAAUUUUAUCAUCCAUCACAGGGUUGUUGGAUGUUGCUUUUUUGUUACACAUAAAAUAAUUACUGUUACAUUGUAAGCUCAUAGAUUGGCUCAAAAUCUUUAAAAUUACAAUAAUAAUUUUUUUAGUUCAAUAUUUUAAGUAGAAACAUUUAUUAAAGCAGAAACAUACACAAUCCCCAAUGUUUUGGAGGUGAAAAGAACAGGGAAAGCACAUAUUUUAUUUACAUUUUAUUUACAAGUGUCCUUAGGUAUAAUAAGAAACUAUUGAUCAGUGUCUGCUUUUGUGGUUCCCAAAUGAAAUAGCAGUUGGUAUGGGAGUUGUUGUUCAUAUGGGUGACGAAGCUCCUGAAGUGUGCGUCUAACUCAGCAACGGUUAUUACAUUGUAAAGGGAAGGUGUUAGGCAGGAUAUGGUUCAAUGGAAUUGUGUGCCUUGCAAGUUGAUUCAGAUUUCAAAACGACAAAUUUUCAUGUGAAUGGAAUUCAUGCGAAUUAGUGCUGUUUCAAACUUCAUUGCCCUUAUUACAACGUAGUUUAAUUUGUCAAAUGUUAGCGAUUUUUCAUGAUAUCUAAUGGACUGUUCACAAAAAGAAAAAAAAGAAAAUCGUUGCCUUGUCAGUGUUUACGUCCUUCUGAGAAGAAACUGUACAAAAUAGCGCAGGUGAUGUACAUGCAAAAUUGUUGUUUUGCUCAUCUAACCCAAUGCUUUCUGUCGUCAUCGUCGUCGUUGCCAUCGUCCUCGUCGUUGCCGUCGUCGUUGCCAUCGUCCUCGUCGUUGCUUCAGCUCCCUUUGUGACUAGACCGUUGUCAUCGCUAUGGCGCCUUAUGAAUGAGUAAACUACAUUCCCGAAUAAAACAGAAACACUCAAGAAAGAAACAUGAAGCAUUAAGAAGCACUGAAGAAUGACAAAAAAUAAUGGUACAGAGGUAGUAUUUUUCAAGAACGGCAUUGUUAUCCUGCCAAAUAGCACGAUCAGUUUUAAAGAAAGCAUAAUAGUGAACCAGAAGAUUUACGUUGUCUAUAUCUGCAAAGUGAGUGUAUUUCAAUUAGGUAUAUUUUGUAGUCACACUCACAGGAAGGCAAUCGCCCACAAAACUUGAACCUUGUAAUAAUUUUUGAAGUUGAUUUAAGAAGUGCUUGUAUAAUUAAAGUGUGAUAAAAUCAUAAAUUUGGCUAACACAUUAAAAAUCUUUAACUAAAGCAGUAAUACCAUGCAUCAUGACGUCAUUUAUUGAGAACGAACUGGAACCAUCUGCCAUCUUGAAUAUACCAUUUUGAAUUCAUACAAUGUAUGAAGGGGACAGAGAGGGCACCCCCCCAUACACACCCUAUUCCAGAGGUAAUUCGUCUUGAGUUAUUUUUAAGACCACAGAUCCCACUGGGGAUUAGGAAACAGCCAAUCACAUAGCGUGAAUGUGUUCUGCGUGGAUGAUCCACGCUCAGAGCCAUGCGUCCUUCACGAAUUGACGCAGAACAAAAUGGUGGAAGACGCGGAGAGCAAUAUUGCUAUUCGUUUUGUCGACGAAAACGGCUACAGAGAGAUUUCUGCUGAAGCUGUGUCAGCGAAACGGAAAUUAAAAAGGAUCGCCCUUCCUGGCUUGUUUCUAAGCAUUGUUACGACGUUGAUUCGAGCGAAGCUGAGAGUUCUAGUGAAGAAGAUGAAAAAGUCAGUGCAAGCGAGGAGGAAGCUGUAA